GUUAGUUCUCGCGUGAUAGUGUAGUCGAUAAGACCGAUGUUGAAGAUGCUACCUUUAUUUCUUCUUGUGCUAACCAGCCUGACCGUGCUGGCAGUUGCUGUACAACCGAGUACAAUGCUACCCUCCGAGCUCUUGGAGCAGAUGAGUUGGUUCCAUUCCGUAUGUCUGCGCGAAACCGGCACCAGUGACGAUCAAAUCGCCCAGUUUAAUCAACCAGAACCGGUGGAAGCGUCACGCGAACUGCAAUGCUACAUGCACUGUAUGUUCCGCAUGCACAACGUCACCCGGCCCGACGGUGAGAUCGAUCUGAUCGACGUUUACCACGCCAUACCGAAGCAGUUCAACUCGAUCGCCCUGAAAGUGCUCUUCAACUGUCACAAAACGGUCGCGGCAAGUGAGGACCCAUGCGAACGGGCCUACUCGCAUCACAAAUGUUGGAAAGAGAUCGAACCACAGCACUACUACCUGUUUUGAUGUCUAUUUACCAGACCGGAACUUUAGCUUCAGCUCGCUUCUCUUUACCGGGAAAUCGUACCGUAAUCGUACCACCGGGCAACUUUCGUGAAGCGGAAAAUCGAAGCUCUUACUGUGGUGAACUUUAUCUUCUGCAACCCUGUGUGGCGGAAGUUUCUCGUUGCACCUUUAUACCCAACCGGAUAGGUCGCAGCUCGCUCGGUCUGGAUGUUUCCACUGUGUAAACCCACGGUACCAAACUAUUAAUUGAGAAAGUAUUAUGAUAAAAUGAUGACACAAUUUGUGACUCGGUGAAGGGAUGGGGGUUUUGUAUGAACUGGCUGAAGUUGUGGCGAUAUAUUCUGAAGAGUGGGCCAGAGGAUUGGGGACUCGGGAAAGUUACUUUUUACUGAUAUCAAAGAGAUGGUUGUACCACUCGCUCAUGGUUCCUGAUAUCUGCAAGGCCGUAACCGUGGUGGGUUAAAAUGUAGUUUAAAUUAAAUUUUAUUUUGCUUGAUGCGCAUACAUCGUUGUGUGCUUGAAGUUGCCUGGGACAUAUUGCAUAUUAAAAGAUCUAAUGCAGUACUAAAGCAAAGCGAAAUAAAUUAAAUUUAUCAAAUCUGUGAAACUA